AUGUCAACAUCGACUAUAGCAUCUACAUCAACAGCAUCAGGAUCUGUAGGAGGCCACCUCACUAAGAAGCAACGCAAAGAGAAAUUUGAGGCUUUAAGUACAUUACAAACACAACUCGACGUCUCGGUUUCACUAGCGCGCAACAAAGUCUCCUCUUGGCUCAACGUAGACGCAUUUUCAGAUGACGAGCAUGAUAACAAUGGUUCGGGAGGGUUUGCAGCUGCAACUGUCGUUAAGCCAAGGCAGCCAGGUCUCGGACUUGGAGCUAAAUUCAUCUCUCAUAAAGAUCAAAUGCGUCACGUUCCUAUGAAUGCUUUUGAAUCAAAAUUGAAGCGUCAAUUAACAGGAGGCACUGUACAGGCCGACAUUCAGCGUGCAGAAGCCGCUGCAAAGAAUGAUUUGCCAGACAAGUACAUGGAGCACAAAUUAAUGAUGGCUGCUCGUCGGAAAGAGUUGCAGGAGAAAGCUGAGGAUGAGGAGGACAGUAGGACACGAAAUAUCGGUGGCGGAUCAAAUAAGACAAACACUUCCAUAUCACCGAAUGAUAUUGUUAAACCACCUCAAGAAGCAUUGUCAUCAUCGCUGCCAUCACAUCAGGGAAAGAAGAAGAAUAAAGAUCAAAAGAUCAAAUACGAAGCUACAGUUCAUCCUGCGGUCUUAAAUGGAGCACCACCACCAGAACAUAAUGUUGAAUCUUCACAAUCAAUGCCCAAAGUCUCGGCACAUUCUUCUUCAACAAAGAAGCGACCAACUGACUUCUUUUCAACAUACAUGGACGAGCGUGCAAAUAGGAUGGCAAAAAAGAAAAAGAAAAGCCAGGCUAAAGCAGAGUCUGAUGAUGAAUAA